ACGAACAUGGCGACGGACGUAGAUACGGUGUAUAGUUUUCCGUUGAACAUAAUCCCACCUAAUGAAAUUGCUAGUAGCAAAAACGUAUCAAAUAAAAGUGUUACCAAUGGUACAUCAGAGAAUAUUGGAUCUCACCACGAACACUUUGUUGUUGAGAUAGAAUCUUCAGAAGACGCACUCGAAUCAAUAGGACCGCUAUUUCGAGCAAUAUAUGAUGGAGAUGAUCAUGAGCUAUUUAUGCAAAGGCUUGAUGAGCGAAUCAAGAAUCAUGAUAGGGAUAUUGAGAAAAUGUGCAACUUUCACUAUCAAGGUUUUAUUGAUUCGAUACACGAGUUGUUACAACUACGGAGUGAGGCAGAACAAGUAAAGGGCAAGGUGCAGGCGCGUCAUUUUAACCUUCAGCGAACGGGGUCGGCUUUGAUUUCCCGAGCAGAGGCUGUGAUGCAGUGCCAGCAAAUACAAGAUGAACAUCUCGUCAACAAUUGAGGCCUCUCAACUUGCCUACCAGUCUUUCUAAUGUAUGGGAAGCUGAAAAAGCAAAUGGACUGUAAAAGGUAUUACCCAGCAUUGAAAACCCUAGAGCAGCUGGAACAUACGUAUCUGCCUCGUGUCAGCGAAUAUAGGUUCACCAAAGUCAUGUACGACCAAAUCGUACGCCUACGCGAUGGAAUUAAGGAGGCUUCCAUGUCAGAUCUGAAGGACUUUUUGGAGAAUAUUAGAAAGUACUCCAGCAAGAUUGGUGAAGUAGCAAUGCAGCAUGUGGCAGAUCAGCAUGGCUUAGAUCCGACCUUCGUCAGUAUGCCCGAGAAGAAGCGAAAAGCCCCACCACCCCCAAAUCCAUUCACUGGGGAAGCAGAGGCAACAGUUACUGAUCAGGAAACUAACAUCUACAAAGAUGGGGAUGAGGAGCUUAGUGCACAAGAGCUGGUGGACUUUUCUCCUGUUUAUAGAUGCUGGCAUAUUUAUAAUGUACUUGGUGCAGGAGAGGAGUUUGAGAGCUACUACAGAAAGCAGAGAAAGAAGCAGGCUAAGCUGUGCUUGCAACCUGCGACAAAUAUGCAUGAAACUUUAGAUGGCUAUAAGAAAUACUUCCACGAGAUCAUUGGGUUUUUCGUUGUUGAAGACAACAUUCUGCACACGACUACUGGCCUCAUCACUAGUGGCUACCUCGAUGAACUCUGGGAAAUGGCCCUGUCUAAGAUUGUAGCAGUCCUUCGAACACAUUCGGCGUAUUGCACUGAUCCAUCGCUGAUGCUAGACAUCAAAAUCCUGAUCAUCUUCUUCUGCCACACGCUGGAGGGAUAUGGAUUCCCCGUGACACGAUUGUAUGGACUGCUUAUUGAGAUCAGAGACCAGUACAAUGAGAUUCUGAUGAAGAGGUGGAAGAACACAUUCAUGGAUAUAUUCGAAGAUGACAACUACACUCCAAUCACGUUGCACUACCAAGCCGAAUAUACAGCCAUUGUGACCAUAUUCCCAUUCAAGGAUGAAUUUGUAGAAAAGUCACCAUUUCCAAAAAGGUUCCCAUUCUCUGAGUUUGUGCCAAGAGUAUACCAACAAGUCAAGGAGUAUAUAUAUGCAUGCUUGAAGUUCUCCGAAGACCUCAAUCUUAGUCAGGCAGAGAUAGACGACAUGGUGAGAAAAUCAACCAACUUUCUACUGACACGAACACUUAGUGGCUGUUUGUCUUCACUGAUACGGAGACCUGGGCUAGGCCUGGCUCAGUUGAUACAGAUUGCUAUAAACACGGAGUACCUAGAAAUAGCGUGCAUACAUCUAGAAGAAUUUAUAUCAUCUAUUACUGGCAUAUCCAGGGAGGCGACACAUGUUGCCAAGCUGCAGGGGAAAUCUAUGUUCAAAGAUGCGAGAUCUCAUGCAGAGCAGCAAAUAUACCUGGCACUGAACCACAAGAUAGACGAAUUCAUGGAGCUAGCCAACUACGAGUGGACAUUGGUUGAGUCGAAAGGGCACGCAAGUGGAUAUCUCAUGGAUCUCGUUGCAUUUCUCCAAAGCACGUUCAUGUCUUUCACAAAUUUGCCAGAUAAAGUGGCUCAGACGGCCUGCAUGUCAGCUUGCAAGCAUAUAGCUGAGUCGAUAACGAACCUGCUUCUGGACCAUGACACAAAGAUUCUGUCAGCUGGUGCAAUUCAGCAAGUCAACCUAGAUGUAAUACAGUGUGAACAGUUUGCUAGUUUGGAGCCAGUGCCUGGGUUUACUGUUGGAGCUCUUCAAAUGACAUUUUCAGAGCUGCGUCAGAUUCUGGACUUGGCCAUGUCGGAUGACUGGUCGUCAUAUCUGGCUGAUUUUGGAAAGGACCGUAACAAGUAUUCUCUAGUGUCUCCACAGACUGCUGUGGUACUAGUAGAAAAGAUCAGCAAUGGCAUGAAGAAAACGGGAGUGUUCACAUCGAUGAAAAAACCAGAAAAGGAACGAAAGAAGCUGCUGGAAACGGUACUGAAGCAGCUUCGUGCGCUGGUGAACAGCUCAGCUAUGAUGUGAUCAUGUGCACACUUACAUUGCUAUUGCUUUUGUGCAAACGCCACAUCUACCUGCUCUCAUCAGUGUACGGAUGUGAUGCUGUGGUAGCAGUGUCAUGUAAUGUGAUGUGCAGUGUUACUGAGGGGUGGUUGUAAUAUGAUUCAUACCUAGUGUGUCAGUCUACAUAGCCAGGCAAACAGAAAUAAUGUGUAAGCAUUGGCAAUGCUAAAAUGUGUCAUAAAAUAAUUACCGCAGUUGCAUGUACACUGCACGUGUUAUAGCAUUACUGACUAUUGGCUCAAUACAAUGAACAGCAACAUGGAUGGAUAGGUGAGAUGAGGAGGGUGAGUGGACUUCUUAGCAGGCUUUAAAUGAUGAAGACAAUUUAAUAUGACUGAGUUAUGUGACCUGUUGUGGAAACAAAUCUGUAUUUCACUAGAGAAAAGGCUACUCUCAGUGGUAUACCAUAAUUUUUAGACUGCAGCUUUGUUAGUGUUGGAUUGCUAUUCCACUACUUGUUUUUGUGCAUUGAGGUUUCAUUAUAUGUAAUUGUGAAUACAUGGCAACAUAGCAGUCUUGGCAAUAACCAAAAUAUGUAAGAGUUUAUCUGAUGUUUGAGUUAGUUUGAUAACGUAGUUGUCAAAUCUUGAUUUUUUUUAUGUACUUCAACCUUUUAUUUGAGCAUGGAUAAAUCUAGAAGCAAGAGUUUAUGCGGUAUGGCAUAGCCAUGCUUUCACAGGGAUGUGACUUUCUCAAACGCAUUUUCGUUUGCUCGAACUGCUCAGAUGUUCUAUCUCUGGUCGUAAGGUUGAUCAAACAAGGAGUAAUCUUGUACAUUGGCUAUUAGGCAGCUAGUUAUGACUUGACUAGCAGCACGAAUUACAGCAUGAACUUAAUUGAGUUUGAAUUAAUUUUAUUUUUAGCCUUCACAUUUCCAAUCGGAGAUUUAUAUAUAUAUAUAUAUAUAUAUAUAUAUAAUGUUUUGUGUUUUAGUCGUGUAUAUGGCCUGUAAAUAAGCCAGUCAAAUGGCAAUCGCUUAUGUGUAAUCCACUGAUAAUAAGUUGUAGUGUAGCUGGAUAUUAACUAAUAUAUGCGUGCGUGCCGGUGUGUAGUCUAUUAUUUAAUUAAAUGCUACAUUACUUUCUUCUAAUGUUUCCCUCACACUGGCUAUAUAUUAUGCAAUUAUAUUCAUCUGGCAUUGUUGGCAUUGUUCUCAAGAGUGUUUUGCUACACACAAUGUAAUCAACAGCAAUUUAUAAUAUUGUUUAUAUAUAUAUUAAAUAAAUUAAAUUCCUUUUA